AUGCUGAAAUCUUAAUUCAGCUUCGCACCAAAAAUGAUCGCUUUUAUCAUGAAAAUCGCGUUUAGCAAUUAGCAGCAUGAGCUUCCUUCAGGGGAUCAUCGAUUCCUUUAACUCCGUCUUCUCUUCUGAUCCUUCUUCUUCUUCUUCCUCUUCUCAAUCUCACCUUAAUUCGACGUCAAUGGAAGCUGCUUCUUCUCCUUCUUCGGUUUCGAACGAGCGCGUGGCUUUCAAGCUCAAAGGUUACUACGAUUUGGCGACGCAGGAGAUCGCAAAGGCCGUUCGGGCCGAAGAGUGGGGUUUGGUCGACGACGCUAUUCUUCACUACAAGAACGCUCAGAGGAUCCUCCUUGAAGCCCAUUCUACCCCUGUCCCUUCCUUCAUCACUUCCAGUGAACAAGCAAAGGUGCAAUCUUAUCGUCAGAAGAUAUCGAAAUGGCAGGGCCAAGUCUCUGAGAGAUUACAGGCUCUAAGUAGACGAGCAGGGAGCUCAUCUGCCAAUCAGAGCACCUCAAACAUUGCACAAACUGCUGCAGUUCCACUUAAGCCAUCAAAUGGUAGAAAAAAUGUGGUACACAGGUAUUCUCAACCAAGAGGGCAGGUGAAUAAAGUUGGAAGCUCAAAUUCUAGUCAAGCUGGUGUAAAUUAUGAUACAAAAUUGGUUGAAAUGAUUAACACUGCAAUAGUAGACAGAAGUCCUUCUGUUAGAUGGGAUGAUGUCGCUGGGCUUGAGAAGGCAAAGCAAGCUUUAAUGGAGAUGGUUAUUUUGCCAACUAAGAGGAGAGACUUAUUCACUGGUCUUCGAAGGCCAGCCAGAGGUUUGCUACUCUUCGGUCCACCUGGUAAUGGAAAGACCAUGCUUGCCAAAGCUGUAGCUUCAGAAUCAGAUGCAACAUUUUUCAAUGUGUCUUCCGCAUCAUUGACAUCUAAAUGGGUACAUUUCUUUAUAAAAAAGAUUGUUGCAUACUUUGUGCUAAUAUCCCCCCCACUUCAAACAAUAUUGACUUUCUACCUCUUCUUCUCCUUCUGGUUACAGAUUGAUAGUAUAAUGUCAACAAGAACGGAAAAUGAGAAUGAUGCGAGCAGACGGUUAAAAUCUGAAUUUCUUAUCCAGUUUGAUGGGGUGACCUCCAAUAGUAAUGAUAUUGUGAUUGUAAUUGGUGCAACCAACAAGCCACAGGAAUUGGAUGAUGCAGUUCUUAGGAGGCUGGUAAAGAGAAUCUAUGUGCCUUUACCUGAUGAAAAUGUUCGGAGACUUCUGCUAAAACACAAACUCAAGGGUCAAGCAUUCUCAUUACCGAACAGAGAUCUGGAAAAACUUGUCAAAGAGACAGAAGGUUAUUCUGGAAGUGAUCUUCAAGCAUUGUGUGAAGAGGCUGCAAUGAUGCCAAUUAGAGAGCUGGGAUCUAACAUUCUUACUGUUAAUGCAAAUCAGGUAAGAGGAUUAACUUACAAUGAUUUCAAGAUGGCAAUGACGGUCAUCAGACCAAGCUUAAAGAAAAGCAAGUGGGAAGAGUUGGAACGCUGGAAUGAGGAGUUUGGCUCUAAUUGAACUUGCUUUUACUCAUCCUCUGGUGCAUCAUCAUGCAUGAAUGUGCAUAUAAACCUCUAUACUUUAACGGAAACAAACAUGACAAGGAUAUCAAUUAUCAUGGUUGGUAGCUAAAAUCAUGAUCAAAUCAGGGUGCUGCUAAUUUUAUAAAUGGCUACCCUAAAAUGGAAUAGAUGCCAUUAUUAUUUCGAGCUUCAUUUGUACAUUUGUACAAUUUGUACAUCUUUCUAAGGACAAUAAAUUUGGCUUUUAGGGCUCCAAGGUUGCCCAUCCGACAUAUGAACUUUGAAACUAUUAUAGUUGAUUUUAUUGUAAACCAAGCCAAAGUAUAUUAAGCGUA